CUGAACCCUGCCGGGCCGGGCCGUCCCCGCGCUCCUUAACCACCCCUCGGCGAGAAACUCAGGUGUCUCUCCUGCCUCCCAAACCCCAGGCGCCCCUCCAGCAGGCCUUCAGCGCCCCCUGGCCCGAGCCGAGCUAGCACCUAGCGAGAAGAGAGCCGCGGCGCUCGGGCUACCCCGUGCGCUCCUCCUUGCGCCGCGCCGGAGGGAAGCGGGCGCCGCCGGUUAGAUCAACAUGCCCUCUUUCCUGUUCCUGGAAGCCAUCUGUAUUUUCCUGUUUUCCAGAGUGCUCCCAUCCCUCCCUCUUCAGGAAGUCCAUGUAAGCAGGGAAACCAUCAGGAAGAUUUCAGCUGCCAGCAAAAUGAUGUGGUGCUCGGCGGCAGUGGAUAUCCUUUUUCUGUUCGACGGCUCUCACAGCGUUGGGAAAGGGAGUUUUGAAAGGUCCAAGCACUUUGCCAUCACGGUCUGUGACGCUCUGGACAUCAAGCCCGAGAGGGUGAGAGUGGGAGUCUUGCAGUUCAGUUCUUCUCCUCACCUGGAAUUCCCCUUGGAUUCAUUUUCAACCCGUCAGGAAGUGAAGGCAAAAAUCAAGAGAAUGGUUUUCAAAGGAGGGAGCACCGAGACAGGCCUUGCUCUGAAGUACCUUCUGCGCAAAGGGUUCCCGGGGGGCAGGAAUGCCUCCGUGCCCCAGAUCCUCAUCCUCCUCACUGAUGGGAAGUCCCAGGGGCCCAUCGCUCUGCCGGCCAAGCAGCUGAAGGAAAGGGGCGUCACUGUGUUCUCCGUGGGCGUCCGUUUUCCGAGGUGGGAGGAGCUGCACGCGCUGGCCAGCGAGCCAAGGGAGCAGCAUGUGCUGUUUGCUGAGCAGGCGGAGGACGCCACCAACGGCCUCUUCAGCACGCUCGGCAGCUCUGCUGUCUGCACCAUCACCUCUCCAGACUGCCAGGUGGAGCCCCACCCCUGUGUGCGCAGGACGCUGGAGAUGGUCCGAGAGCAUGCUGGCAGCGCCCCGUGCUGGAGAGGCUCGCAGCGGACCAACGCCGUGCUGGCUGCACUCUGCCCCUUCUACAGCUGGAGGAGAGUGUUCCUUACCCACCCGGCCACCUGUUACAGGACCACCUGCCCAGGUCCUUGUGACUCGCAGCCCUGCCAGAACGGAGGCACGUGUGUUUCAGAAGGAUUGGAUGGGUACCACUGCAUCUGCCCACUGGCAUUCGGAGGGGAGGCAAACUGCGCUCCGAAGCUGAGCCUCGAAUGCAGAAUUGACCUCCUCUUCCUGCUGGACAGCUCGGCGGGCACCAGCCUGGAGGGCUUCCUGCAGGCCAAGGCCUUCGUGAAGCGGUUCGUGCAGGCCGUGCUGAGCAAGGACUCCCGGGCCCGCGUGGGGGUGGCCCGGUUCAGCAGGGAGCUGGUGGUGGCGGUGCCCGUGGGGGAGUACCAGGACGUGCCAGACCUGGUCCGGAGCCUCGACAGCCUCCCCUUCAGCGGAGGCCCCACCCUCAUGGGCAGUGCCUUGCGGCAGGUGGCAGAGCGCGGCUUUGGGAGCGCCACCAGGACAGGCCAGGACCGUCCACGAAGGGUGGUUGUCCUGCUCACGGGUGCACGCUCCCAGGAUGAGGUGGCUGGCCCAGCGCAUUACGCCAGGGCCCAAGAGCUGCUCCUGCUGGCCGUGGGCAGUGAGGCCGUGCGGGCAGAGCUGGAGGAGAUCACAGGCAGCCCCGAGCAUGUGCUGGUCCACGCCGACCCACGGGACCUUGUCAGCCAGAUCCCUGAGCUGCAGAGGAAGCUGUGCAGCCAGCAGCAGCCAGGCUGCCAGGCACAGUCGCUGGACCUGGUCUUCAUGGUGGACGCCUCAGCCUCGGUGGGGCCGCAGCACUUUGCUCAGAUGCAGAGCUUUGUGAGAAGCUGCGUCCUCCAGUUUGACGUGAACCCUGAUGUGACACAGGUCGGCCUGGUGGUGUACGGCGGCCGGGUCCAGACAGCCUUUGGGCUGGACACGCACCUCACCCGAGCCACGGUGCUCCAGGCGACGAGCCAGGCCCCCUACCUGGGCGGGGUGGGCUCAGCUGGCACGGCCCUGCUGCACAUCUACGACAGGGUGAUGACUGUCCAGAAGGGUGCCCGGCCUGGUGUCCCCAAGGCUGUUGUGGUGCUCACAGGCGGGACGGGAGCAGAGGACGCGGCCGUCCCUGCCCAGAAGCUGAGGAACAACGGUGUCUCAGUGUUGGUGGUUGGCGUGGGGCCGGUCCUGAGGGAGGCGCUGUGGAGGCUUGCAGGUCCCCGGGACUCCCUGAUCCACGUGGCAGCUUAUGGAGACCUGAGGUACCACCAGGACGUGCUCAUCGAGUGGCUAUGCAGAGAAGCCAAGCGGCCAGUCAACCUCUGCAAGCCCAGCCCGUGCACGAACGAGGGCACCUGCGUCCUGCAGAGCGGGAGCUACCGCUGCGAGUGCCGGAGUGGCUGGGGGGGCCCCCACUGCGAGAACCGGGUCUCGAGAGGAGAUGCCCCAAAGGGUGGUUCCCGCCAAGUGCCUGCAGGAGAGCAGCCGCUGCCCCACUCCCGGCAGCUACUGAGAAGGCCGGGGCCUGCUGGGCACUGAGGGCACCUGCCCCCAGUGUCUUCUGUCUCGUGGGGCUCUUGUCUGUGUCCAGCCCUGUCCACAACCCUCCUACCUGCUGCUCCUGGCCCAGGGAGAUGUCCCAACUGCAGACAGUGCUGCUUAGGGGCC